UCAGGUGUGUGUGUGUGUGUGUGUGUGUGUGUGUGUGUGUGUGUCUUUUUGCUUCAUUAUAGCUGUAUAGUAUUUUGAACCCACAACCUUGAAAUGUUUUAAUAAAAAACAUAUUUUUAAGCUUCUUGGAUAAAGAGGAGAAAUAAGGAUUUUGAGGUGUGAUUGUGCAGAAGUCUACUGGAGAAUUUAGUGUGACUGUCGGCUCAGCGGUACAGCUGGACUGUCUCCCAUCCAUGGAAGAGUGCAGUGUGACUGUGUGCUAAGCUGAAGUGUCUCCCAUCUAGGUAACAACGCAGUGUGACUGAGGUUAGAGGUACAGCUGGACUGUCUCCUAUCUAGGGAAGAGCUCAGUGUGACUGUGAGCUUAGAUGUACAGCUGGACUGACUCCCAUCUAGGGAAGAGCUCAGUGUGACUGUGAGCUCAGAGGUACAGCUGGACUGUCUCCCAUUUAGGGAAGAGCUCAGUGUGACUGUGAGUUUAGAUGUACAGCUGGACUGUCUCCCAUCUAGGGAAUAGCGCAGUAUUACUGUGAGCUCAGGGGUACAGCUGGACUGUCUCCCAUCUAGGGAAUAGCGCAGUAUUACUGUGAGCUCAGGGGUACAGCUGGACUGUCUCCCAUCCAGGGAAGAGCUCAGUGUGACUGUGAGCUCAGGAGUAGAGCUGGACUGUCUCCCAUUUAGGGAAGAGCUCAGUGUGACUGUGAGUUUAGAUGUACAGCUGGACUGUCUCCCAUCUAGGGAAGAGCUCACUAUUACUGUGAGCUCAGGGGUACAGCUGGACUGUCUCCCAUCUAGGGAAGAGCUCACUAUUACUGUGAGCUCAGGGGUACAGCUGGACUGUCUCCCAUCUAGGGAAGAGCUCAGUGUGACUGAGCUUAGUUGUACAGCUGAACUCUCCCAUCUAGGGAAGAACUCAGUGUGACUGUGGGUUUAGAUGUACAGCUGGACUGUCUCCCAUCUAGGGAAGAGCUCAGUGUGACUGUGUGCUCAGAGGUACAGCUGGACUGUCUCCCAUCUAGGGAAGAGCUCAGUAUUACUGUGAGCUCAGAGGUACAGCUGGACUGUCUCCCAUCUAGGGAAGAGCUCAGUAUUACUGUGAGCUCAGAGGUACAGCUGUAUAGGUUUAGGUUUUUAUUAUUAUUUAUGAUUUAUUUUGUAUGAUCUUGGGUCCUGUGGUGCCCAUAAUUACAGUGCAUCUGGAAAGUAUUCACAGCGCAUCACUUUUUCCACAUUUUUUAUGUUAUAACCUUAUUCCAAAAUGGAUUAAAUUAAUUUCUCCUCAAAAUUCUACACACAACACCCCAUAAUGUGAAAAAGGUUUGAGAUUUUUGCAAAUUUAUAAAAAAAAAAAAAAAAAAAAAACUGAGAAAUCAAUUGUACAUAAGUACAAUACUUUGUUGAUACACCUUUGGCAGCAAUUACAGCCUCAAGUCUUUUUGAAUAUGAUGCCACGAGCUUGGCCGCCUAUCCUUGGGCGGUUUCUCCCAUUCCUCUUUGCAUGACCUCUCAAGCUCCAUCAGGUUGGAUGGGAAGCGUUGGUGUACAGCCAUUUUAAGAUCUCUCCAGAGAUGUACAAUCAGAUUCAAGUCUGGGCUCUGGUUGGGCCACUCAAGGACAUUCACAGAGUUGUCCUGAAGCCGCACCUUUGAUAUCUUGGCUGUGUGCUUAGGGUCAUUGUCCUGCUGAAAGAUGAACCGUCGCCCCAGUCUGAGGUUGAGACCACUCUGGAGCAGGAAGUCUCUGUACAUUACUGCAGUCAUCUUUCCCUUUAUCCUGACUAGUCUCCCUGGAAAACAUUCCCACAGCAUGAUGCUGCCACCACCAUGCUUCACUGUACAGAUGGUAUUGGCCUGGUGAUGAGCGGUGCCUGGUUUCCUCCAAACGUGAAGCCUGGCAUUCACACCAAAGAGUUCAAUCUCUGUCUCAUCAGACCAGAGACUUUUGUUUCUCAUGGUCUGAGGGUCCUUCAGGUGCCUUUUGGCAAACUCCAGGUGGGCUGCCAUGUGCCUCUUGCUAAGGAGUGGCUUCCAUCUGGCCACUCUACCAUACAGGCUUGAUUGGUGGAUUGCUGCAGAGAUGGUUGUCCAUCUGGAAGGUUCUCCUUUCUCCACAGAGGACCUCUGCAGCUCUGACAGAGUGACCAUCGGGUUCUUGGUCACCUCCCUGACUAAGGCCCUUCUCCCCUGAUCGCUCUGAUUGGCCAGCCUGAUUUAGGAAGAGUCCUGGUGGUUUCGACCUUCUUCCACUUACGGAUGGGAUGAUGGAGGCCACUCUGCUCAUUGGGACCUUCAAAGCAGCAGAAUUUUUUCUGUAACCUUCCCCAGAUUUGUGCCUUGAGACAAUUCUGUCUCUGAGGUCUACAGACAAUUCCUUUGACUUUAUGGUUGGUUUGUGCUCUGACAUGCACUGUCAAUUGUGGGACCUUAUAUAGACAGGUGUGUGCCUUUCCAAACCAUGUCCAAUCAACUGAAUUUACUACAGGUGGACUCCAGUUAAGCUGCAGAAACAUCUCAAGCAUGAUCAGUGGUAGCAGGAUGCACCAGACCUCAAUUUUGAGCUUCACGGCAAAGGCUGUGAAUACUUAUGUACAUGUGAUUUCUCUGUUUUUCUAUUUUUUAAUAAAUUUGCAAAAAUCUCAAGUAAACAUUUUCACAUCGUCAUUAUGGCAUGCUGUGUGUAGAAUUUUGAGGGUAAAAAUUAAUUUAAUCCAUUUUGGAAUAAGGCUGUGACAUAAAAUAUGGAAAAAGUGAUGUGCUGUGAAUACUCUCUGGAUGCACUGUAUAUUCCUUGUCUUCUGUAUGCUUAAUGAGCCAGGGUUGACUGGACUGUUCAUUGUUUAUAAUGAUAAUUCAUAAAGUAAGUCAUUUCAAUGAAGGACUGGCCUGUACCUACUGCUGUGGCUUGUGGCCGGGUACACACAGCGGUGCUGGGUUUGCAGCACUUAAAGUUCCCCAUGGUUGAAUGUGGAGGAGAAUGCAGCAGGGUGGGGUGUGUCUGAGGCACAGUGUGAAGAGCAGAGCUGCCUUGAAGGACAUGCAGGUGAAGCUGAAUGAACUGAGAGGAUCUUGUCCAGAGCUGCAGGCUCUGGACGUGUGGAGCCAAACGUAUGAUUAAUGACACGGAGUUUGCAGCCCUCCUGCAACAAGGUUAUUCCCAUUAAAGUGUCGUUAGCAUUCCGCAGGGGUUAGUCUCUUUCUUGGACAUAUUUACACAGCCAGUACACUGUCGCCACUGGAAGGGUGGAUUUAUCGUGGCUCAGACUUUGUGACACUUCCUCUGUUAUCAGGACCAUUGAGCCAGGCCGGGUCUGGUGCUGCUCAGAAUGGCAGUGUUACCAUUGUGUCUGUCUCUGUACUUCGGAGUAGGCAAUGGCCAUAUACAGAAUUAGCUUUGUCAGAGAGCACCUAUUUCACUUUCUUUGAAAAUGUAAAAAUUAUAUUUCAAUCAGUCAAUAAGUCUAUAUUUUUAUUUCAUGAACCAAAGGUUUUCUGUGUAAAUAACGAUUUUAAUGACUUAAUAUAUAAGCGGUCCACAAAUCAUUGACUACAUCUUUUAAAAGUAGUAUCUAUAAAAUCAAGCCGUUGUUCCUUUUUUGGUUACUGCUGUGGGGUACAUUUCCCGAUGACGAUGACUCAGCCGUCUUACGUAAACCCUAAAGAUGUAUCUUAUAAAAGGUAUUCCUUUCCUACGCCCGUUUGAAUCUCUUAAGAGCUCGUUUAAGGGACAGCUUCUUAAGUGCGACCUUAUUAAACACCAGAACACCCAAUUUUUUUCAGUGGCUCGAGAAUUGAUUUUUCCCUUCUUGCAGCAAAUGGUUCAUGCUGCAUGAGAGGAAGUGAUGUUCUUUAUAAAUGUAACACCGCAGACAUCCUAAAAAUACUGUGUUCAUCAGAAGUGGCGAGAACCUAAAAGUACAAAAUUGUGUCAUCUAGCCAUAAAUAUGAUUUUCGCCGAUUGGAUUCACGAACCCGCCUCCCCAGACUGCAGUAUGACCCGUUUAUUUGAAUUUGUUCUAUAAAACACCCGCUUGCACCAAUACGUGUGCAUCUCAAUGGCCCAAUCAGUGGUGGAGCUAAACUGUUAUUUAAGGGGGAGCCAAAGGGUGAGCAAGGGUUUCUUCGAGGGGUCCAUAUAAAUAUGAUAAAUGAAGGAAAAAAAUAUUUUUCUCAUACACACUCAUAAUAAACAAUGAGUUUGUAAAUGUUUGUUGAAUAAAAACAACAAAUAUUUACAAAAUCAUAAACACCAAUCAUAAAGACAAAUCCUAAUCUAAUCCAGGACCAAACAUGAACUCAAACUGGAUAAACCUAGACUAAAUCAUGACCAAACAAGAAGUAAAACUGCACCAGUGACCAAACAAUAGCAGUGCACGUGUAAAUUUAAAGCUCAGAAUACAGACAGGACUAAAAACAAAUUCUCAAAAAAUAAACAAAUAAAACUGCAUCUAAAUUGUAAACAGCAAGAUAUUUGAAUACAACCAGAACUGACCUGCAUCCCCUGGUGGUAUUUGCAAAAGUUUUCAUUUUAUUUCAUGUAGCUAUAGCUAUUACUAAAUUAAAAUAGCCUGCUUACAUGCAAUAGAAAACUAAUGACUGGUUCUCCACAUAUACACUUACUACACAGACUUCAAGCAAGGGCUAGCUUUCCUAAAUUAAUAAAACAGCAUAAUUCAACAUGUGCACUAAAGCAUACGCACGUACAAAGACACUGUCUAAAAGACGAUCUAUAUCAGCACGAGCAUGGCUCGUGGCUAAUUUAAACGAGACGGGGAGCAGACAGUGCGCAACGCUUUCAUGCUAUUUUUUAUGUACUGCAAGUGUGUGACCACCUGUCAUUAGGAAGGCAAUAUAGUGUAAUAUGUUAUAAAUAUCUGCUUAACUCCCGUUGUUAUCAAUACCGCGGGUGUGUUUUGGAUCAUGUAGGAACGCGUGCCACUGCCAGAGCCUUUAGCCAAUGACAUGUCAGUAAGCAGUAGGCACAGGGUACUGCUGCGUCAGGAUGCGUUCAGGGGCACUCGGAAAUUGCAGUUUUCCGCUCAAAUCUUUGCCUGAUCUCCUCAUUCGUAUAUUUUAAUGUUUGCCAUUUCCAGCGGGGUGGCACUGGCGGUGGCAAGGGCUCUGUUGGGGGCCACCCCUUUGGCUCCGCCCCUGGGCCCAAUAGCUGAAAGAAAAGUUGCUUUUCUGUCUUAAUGUCUUAUGUGCUUCAGUACUAUCUACUAUGGACUAUUCCAAGGUGCUUUUUUUUGGGGGGGGGGGGGGAAUUAACUGAAGUUGUGGCACAUUUAGACAGGUGUGUACAUUCCAGGGGCGACGGAAAUAACGGGAAUAGGUCCACCCUUAUACCGACAGAACCCCUUCCUUCCCAAUUAAUAAAUAAAUACUUAAUUAACGGAGAGUUCCUUGUCUUUAAUUAUGAAUCCACGCGUUACUGCAUAAGGACAAUUCUCUACGCAUUCAGAGCGCAACGACGAAACCUAAAGAAGACUGUAAUCAUGAAAUCAUUUUAUCAUAUGGAUGAGUUAUUUUUUAGUUAAGCGAUGUUUGGUUAUGAAACUGUACACUUAACGACGAUAGUCUUAUUUUAAAUGAGCAGUAUGAGCCGACAACAGCGGUACGAGGCAGCUAAGAGAGGCUCAGACCAACCUAUCUUAUGGAAAAUAUACCUAACUAUAAGGGCGUUUCGGGAAACACGUCGGAGCAUUAAGAGACAACUUAAAGUAGAACUUACGAACAACAUAGAGUUAGAAGGCUUCGGGAAAAGCACCGAGGAAAACAUAAUUAGUGUCUGUUUUGAAACAUCAAACGGAACUCUUCUUUUUCUGGAUUUUUUUUGUGCUGUAAAACUUGAGUAACAACCUAUAACUAAAGAAGUUGAAUUAGAUACAUAUUAUUCUCUGCACAUUUUCCUCUAUAGAGAAGUUUCUCCUGUGAGUAUUCAGUUGUUUUCCUAAAGACGAACAAAUGCUCAAAAAUACUGUUUUGCAGGUUUGAUACGUUUAGUAAUUCUCCGCAGGUUUAUAAAAAUGACGUAAUGAUUGAUAUUAUAUAUAGUCAACAUAAUUCUGCAAACGUUUUGGUUUGUCACAGAACAGUAAAGAAGACGAGACGCUCGUUUUUAGGUAUUUACAAACAUAUCAGUUUGUGGUCCAGUGACAACCAUGAAGUAUAUAAUAUUACAAGACAUAUACAGGAGAAAUGCUUCACAGAACACUAUGUGCCGCAAAAAUAAACAAUUUUUUUGGAAAAAGUUAUACGUCGUUUCAAAUGUUUCAUGCGGGGAAUAAUUAAUAGUUUUUAUGAUUUAAAUAACAACGUAUUGUAGAAUAAAGGCAGUUUUAAUUAACAUUGUGGAUAAUGAGCGCAAGAUGGGUGAAUUUUAAAGCAAGCAUUACAGCAUAAUAAGCUUAACAAGAACUAGCGAAUAACAGCAUAAUAACAUAAUAACAGCAUAAUAACUAGCGAAGUGCGGAUCAGCUGUCUUUACGAGUAAACGUGGUACAGUAUAAUUCCCAUUGCGGGUUUAUUGCACUCUGAUUGAAGUCAACCCAAGUCUAAAUUUGUCAGCCUUUAUUUUUUACAACCUUUCUGAUCCGGCACAGCAACGUGACGUUUCCAUUCACUUAAAACCAUUAGGCAAAUUUCUGCAGAUAUGUUAAUCCUAAACCACAUUAUCGCUUUGACGCUUCAUAGGCGCCGGAAUGGCUUAAGUUGUGACUCAGUUACCUUCCCUCUAAAACGAAGACCAAAUAUAAAAACCAUUAAGCGCCAAUGCAUGAAAAUGGUUCGGUUUAAACUGGUUUAUGAUACAAUUUUAAUGUCUCAUAAAGUUAGUUUCUUUUAGCGAGUCAUAAAACACCCGGGUUAGCAAAUAUCAAAUGUGUGUGCGUUACAGCAAAAUCCUAGUACCAUCUUUCUAUAACCAUAUUGCCAUAAUAAACACCCUAACAGUCCCGCAUUAGACGGCUUCACUUCGUAUACCCUCGUAUGUCACUUGCAUGCACGUAUGGUGUGGGCGCUGCUUCUCACACAUGGUUUGAAUGAUAAAUUAUUCUAAGUAACCGGGAAAUGUUUGUGCAGCGUACCCGUGUUUGUCUGCUGAUUAUUUGCCUGUGAUAUUACCCCAUGGUUUAACAUAACAGCUGUCUAAUGCCGUGCAGACAAAGUGGUGCAUCUUGGCGAAGGCGCGGCAUUAUACUUACAUUUAGCCUACUAUAGAUUGUGCUAAUUUACACGUAUGAUUUAUUAUUAGUUACAUAAGUAGUUUCUUUUAACAUUUUAACGCUCCUGGAGAAAAACACUUCCAUGUGUGUCACUGUCAUUUAAGCAGAUUUGUUAAAUGGAGUUAAAUGAGCCAUUUUAAUGGGUGCAAAUUUCAAAAAUGUACAAUUACUCCAAAAGAGCUGUGCAAACGUCAGCGGGGUAGCUAUCGCUGACUUGAUCUUUGAUCCCACUCGGAUCAGAGAUUCAGAUACUCCCGGGUCUCCAGGACAACACCUGUCUCCACAUCCAACACAGCGACCUCAAUGCGUGCGUUCUGCCGAGGCCUGUGAGUCCCCACCCGAUGGUGCCAUAGCGGUACGACGUUUAAAUGCAGGCUGAAGAUUGAAUGCAAUGUCUUGUAGGAUCCCCCCUCGUAAAGCUGCGACUCCACGCUUCUCUUCAGGGCAUCGGGUUAAUUUAUUAGUGCCUCGACAGCAGCGGGACUCCAUCCGUGAAGAUAAGUAGCUGCAGAUUCCCCCGCUCACCUGCCCCAGGCUCCAUUAAAGCCGGCCACAGGUGUAUCUCGUUCCCCCCACAGCAAACAGUGAUGUUUGCCUAGGGAAUUGAUUGACGUUUGGUCGGUUUUGUUCAAUUAUUGCGCGACCGUGGAAAAACAAGGGGAGUGACAAGUAAAGCACAUUUUCCCACGUUGUAUAAACAGGACGAGCGCUGCGUGGGUGCAGCCGGGUCACAUGGCGACAGACACACCUAUGAGAACCUGCCGUGGCGCCGGGCGGAGGUCCCACGGGCAGGUUGGGAGUGUGCCGCUUACAGCCGGCACAUGAGCAGCUGCGCUACAUUCGCCGGGUCACCAGCAGCCAUGAACCGAGAGGAGCACUUCUACGCCCCUGCGCAGAUGUUUAAGGAGCCGUAUACCUACCAGGCACCUGCUGACGACGAUUACAGCCAGAGUCCUCCGCCGUGUCUUUAUAUGGGCAGACAGACCCCCGUGUGCCACGCGCCCUCGCUGGGGUCCCUGGACCCGCCAUGCCUUUCUGACACAGCCUCAUACGACAUGCCGCUCAUGCGGGAAGAUCCCGGAGUGUCCGUGUCCCACGCGCACCUACUCCCCACGCAGCUGCCUCAGCACCCGCAUCAGUCCGGGGUGGGUUACGGAAGCCCAGCUGACCUGGUGAUGGUCAGCGACCGGAGUCAGUACCAGCUCCCUUUCCCGUGGAUGAAAUCCACCAAGUCUCACAUGCACACGUGGAAAGGGCAAUGGACAGGCCACUGCAUGGCGGAGCUGGAGGACAGCAAGCGCACACGCACCGCUUACACACGCGCCCAGCUGCUGGAGCUGGAGAAGGAAUUCCUGUUUAACCGCUACAUCUCGCGGCCGCGCCGCGUGGAGCUUGCCCUGCUGCUCAACCUCACUGAGCGUCACAUAAAGAUCUGGUUCCAGAACCGCCGCAUGAAGUGGAAGAAGGAGGAGGACCGCAAGCGCGUAAGGCCUGGUCAGCCUGAACAGGACUGCGCCGUGUCGUCUGGGGGGCCCUCUGGGGGGCUGACUGAGGAGCCCAGCUGUGCCCUCAAGCUGCUGCCACGGGACACUUUGACCCCGGGCUCCCCUGAGCAGAUUCGCCCCCCCCUUCCAGUGAGUGGGAGCCCACCGCUGUGCCGGUGAGUGGGUGCUGGCCAAGUGUGGCCCAGCGGGUCAGAACCCUGUAUCUGUGAUCAGAAGGUCACCAGUUUAAAUCCCAGGGUGAACAGAGUGAUGUAACCCCCAUGCAUCUCAAAAACAAUGUGUCGCUCUGGAUAAUUUGUCUGCUCAAUAAACUAAAUGUAACCAAAGAUCAGAGGAGGACAGGAGUGUCUCGCUGGUGUCAUGCUGACGCAGCUGCCAGAGUCCCCAUGAGGGGUCCCGGCCCGAGGCUCCAGUACAGCUUGUGGGGCCUCAAUGUGGGCCCACCCCACCCCACACACUUAAGCUGAAUCCAGCCGAAGGCUGCAUUUGUUUUAAAGACUUUGGUUUUCACCAGAAAGUUUAAUUAUUUAUAGAAAAGCACAGAUGUGGUCCAGCAGUUAUGGUUUGUGUUUCACCCUUGCAGCACUGCAUUUUCAUAAUAAUUAUGUACAGAUAAU